AUGCCCGACUCCUCGUCCAAUCAGUCUUCUAAACGAAAAAAGGGAGGCGGUAAUUGGCAGAAAAAUGGCAAGGGAGCGAUUAUCGAGAGCGGUGAUUGUGGCGUGUUCGUAACGUGUGACAAGGGCAAAGAAGGGAAAUGCAUACCCGAGGCCGUGGAUCUGUUCACCCAGAGUAUCGAACAGUCCGCCGAUGGCGAGAAGGACGCCGACUCCGGCUCCGACGAAGAUGAAGACAUCGAAGCCCAAAUUCGACGAGAAGUCGAGGGGUUAAAACCCGGCUCGUCCAAGCCCCGCGAUUUUCGCACCUUCCGGAUGGAAUUCCCUUGCGUGAUCUUCGUGAAAUUCGACAAGUCCAUUGAUCCGGAGAAGUUGGUACAUCAGCUCUGCGUGGAUGCGCAUACCCAUCCGGAGCAGAAGCGCAGUCGAUAUAUCCAACGGUUGUCGCCGAUCCGGUCGAUACGAAAGACGCUCAGCGUUGAUCUCGAAGCAUUUGCCGCGGAGAUCCUGAAACCCCACUUUCACUCCGGCGGCCCUCCCAAAAAGUUUGCGAUUCGACCCGUGGUGAGGGGCAACUCGAAAUUCAACAGGGAUAUUCUCAUUAAAACCAUUGCUCAAGUGGUCGGACCGGACCAUUCCGUUGAUCUCAAGAACUACGACCUUCUCAUUCUGGUUGAAGUGGUGCAGAACCUGAUCGGAAUGAGCGUCCUGGGGUCGGACUAUGAUAAACUGAAGAAAUACAACCUGGCCGAGCUUUACAAACCGUCGGCGAGAGCCGAAGCGACAACUGAAGCGAAGAGCGAAGCGCCCGAGGUGAAGGAGUAA